GGCUGCUGAGACCUCUUAGUUAGAUAUUUGGACAACCUCCUCACAGUAACACCGACCAAAAACACUAAUCAUGCAGCAAGUACUGUUAUUCGCCGCGUUCCUCGCCUGCGCCGCCGCAGCCCCCGGCGUGCUCCUCCACCAGGCCCCCGUGGUCGCUGUCCAUGCUCCCGUGGUCCACGCCCUGCCAGUGGCCUCAAAGACCACCAUCACCAAGAGCAGCCAGCUCGUGAACCACGGUACACCAGUCGUCCACGCGGUUCACACACCGGUGGUCGCCUCCGUGCCAGUGGUCAAGUCGGUUCCAGUUGUCCCAGUAGUCCAUGCCCCAGUGGUCCACGCCCCAGUUGUUCACGCCCCAGUGGUUCAUGCCCCAGUGGUGACCCCAGUGGUCGUGAAGACUGCCCCAGUUGCAGUAUCCCACAGCAGCUCGCUGGUCCACCAUGCCCCACUUAAAGCUGUCCCAAUUGUUGCCAUCCACUAAUUUAUUUUAUAGCGCGUAAUAAAGGUUUUAUUUUUUA